AUGAUCCGACUUAGAACACUUCAUUGGCUAUCACAACUCAUAGUUAGUAUUAUAGUCAUCGUUGCCGCAGAAAUGACAAUUCAUUGGAAUCACAUUAACAAAGUCAAUUCCUUAAACUCAGCCGGGCAGACAAUUCCUCUUGCUAUUGGUGCUUUAAUGAUGGCCCGUAUCAUUUACGCAUUCAGCUUCAAGAGAGAAACAGGGCGGACUAGUACCACACCAUCCAUUGGUGGGCCUGUAAGUCCACAAGGUCCCACGAGUAUUCCCGGCUGUGCGGGCCUAGAAGGCAUAGCGGGUCCAGCAGGCGAACGGGGCCCAGCAGGUGUAGCAGAAGCCCUGGUAUUUUAA